GCCGUCCGAUCCUUUAUUUUAGUUGCAAUAAAACUUGUUAAUAUUUCAUGUAUUUGGGCGAAAGUCUGAAAGUGUUUAUUUAUUGUAAGCAUGUUUAUCUUGUUUAUACCGUUCGAUUAUCACUCAAGGGCCGGAAAAGGAAACCACCUCGAGAAGGCUUCAGAACAAGAUGCGAGGAAUGUUUUCAGUGGGACCAUAGAGGAAGGAACUAAGUUUGGAAAGCAAAUCAUGAGCAAACAAAAAGAUGGUUUGUGCCAAAGGUUAUCACAUCCUACCACAGAAAAUAGUGAAGAAAUUCAUGUGCACUAAUCUGGUAAAUGCAACAAAAGACAAAUGAAGAUGGCAUCCACUGACAAACCAUCCCAAGUGCUGCCGGAUGAAGUCAUCAUUGAGAGUGACUCCACCUCUUCCCCUGGAUCCAGUCCAGAUAUCAUUGAAAUGGACUCGCCCCUGCUGAUUCCACCGCAUGCAGUAGCAGAGCCACUUCAAGCCAAAAGUGAAGCACUGCCCUGGCAAUGUAAACGCUGCACUCUCUUAAACCCGCCGGAGGCACCCAUUUGUGCCGUUUGCGAAGCCCGCCGUUUUACACCGUCACCAACAGUGGAGGCAAUGGAAGUCAACGGCACGUCCAUGCAACAAGAAUCCCCGAAGAUGGGGCAUAAGACCUCUCAAGGUGCAUCUUAUCCAAAAGCGGCAGAGAGUGGAACGGACACUGAGGCUCAGGAUUCUCCCAAACCACCAGGAGUCAUAAACAGAAACUCAUUUAUUGAUUCAGCAAAGCAGAGUGUUGGGCAGUUCAUAUCCUCACUGAUGUCGGGCAUCAAGCCAUCGUCGCCUGAGCCUUCAGCCUCAGAUGCGGCGGCUGCUAAGCAGUCAGGCAUUUCAUCAUCCGAACAUUUGCUAGAGACUGGCAAGGAGACUCGUAAGAGGGGUGGCUGGUCCUGCCAGCGUUGCACCUUCCUGAACCCUACUGAGGCUAGCUCUUGCCAAAUGUGCGAGUUUACACCAGUAGGGAAACAGGGUGUCCGAUCCAAGGGUAUUAGAGCGGAUAGCAACUAUUUCCAAUUCCCUCAAGGCUCACCCAUGCAUGGAUCGGAGACAUCAAGAAAUCCACAAAGUCAGGAAAUCAGAUGUAAAGGCAGUGAUGAAACAGACUCUCAGGAGGACAGAAAAGAAGAAACAGAUUCCUCUGAGCCUAUGGAUGAUGGUGUACUUGAUCUAACUGUUAAAGCUGAGAGGCUGCGUCCUGAUCAGGCAACUUGUAAGAAAUGUGGGUGCAAUGUGAAAGCAUCUUCAACUUUAUGUGAAAAAUGCAGCAGUGCAUCUCAGGAAGGUCCAUCUCAAACACCUGGUGAUCAAGUUGCUGGUACCAAUGAGCCAACUCGCCAAAUAACUGACCGAGUCACUGGUCAAAGCUUGGAGCAAUCCCAAAUCACUGAUUCAAGUCAGCCAUCAUCCAUGUUACCAAAGGAGCGAUCCCAACGUGUUGCUCUCCGACGCAAGCGCUGGACCUGUCCCAAAUGCACACUCGUAAACGAUGAUGUCAGUGUGAAGUGUAAGGCAUGUGGGGAACCAAAAGAGAUGCCAACUCGGGCGGAACAAACCCUGAGCCAGUUCAUUCCAAGGGAGAAUGAGUGGGCCUGUCCACAGUGCACCUUUGCAAACCCACAGAUUCUCAAGUCCUGUUCCAUUUGCGGGACUUGGAGGGUGACAUCGGAGACCAGGGCUUCCGAGCAAGCAGAGCACUGGCUGUGUCCCCAGUGUACUCUGGAGAAUAGUCUCCAGUUGGAUCACUGCAGCGUGUGUGGAAUUGAGAGGACAGAGGUCGAGAAGGGGCAGCUGGAGGCUUCAGGUGGCAGAUUGAAAAGGCAGAAGAGUGUAUUGUCUGACUCCAGACGGAAGGAGGAUGAGGAGAAUGCUAGAGAACAGUUCCAGCGAAUCAGCUUAUUCUGUAAACAUAAUUCAAUGCAAUUUGUAGACGACUCCUUCCCUCCCGCUCCAAGGUCGCUGUCCUUCAAACCAGACAGCCCUGGGGUCCACACCAAGGUCUCCCAAUGGUUUCGACCGGAGCAGAUAGCAUUUUCCAGCUCAGAGGGCAUGCCAUCCUCAGUCAAGUGGGAGGUCUUCCGCACCCCUCUGCCCUCAGACAUCUCACAAGGGGUCUUGGGAAAUUGCUGGUUCCUGAGUUCAUUAGCAGUUAUUGUGGAGCGUCCAGAACUACUGGAGCACAUCAUGAUCUCCAAGAAUGUCAACAACGAAGGUGCUUAUCAAGUCCGUCUUUGCAGAGAUGGCUCGUGGGAGACUGUUCUCAUUGAUGACCUGUUUCCGUGCGACGAGAGAGGACGACUUGUGUUCUCAAAGGCCAAGAGGAAACAGCUAUGGGUUCCACUGAUUGAGAAGGCCCUCGCCAAGAUGAGUGGGUGCUAUGAGGCCCUGAUAGCUGGCAGGUGCUUGGAAGGGCUGGCUACACUCACUGGCUCACCUUGUGAGAGCCUACAGCUCAAUGCAAGCAGUGCCACUCGUGGGGAGAUAAUUGACAAGGAUCUGGUGUGGGCUAAACUCCUUAGCUCCAAGGAGGCCGGGUUCUUGAUGGGUGCGUCUUGUGGGGGUGGAAACAUGAAAGUGGACACUGAGCUGUAUGAGAAGGUUGGCCUGAGACCUAGACACUCCUACUCGGUGCUGGAUGUUCAGGAUAUAUGCGGCAACAGAUUGAUACGUCUGCGUAAUCCUUGGGGGCGCUAUUCAUGGCGGGGCGAUUGGUCUGAUGAGUCCCCAAAGUGGACGCAGGACUUGAGGGAGGCCCUCAUGGCCCAUGGUGCAGGGGAAGGCGUGUUCUGGAUGUCACUUAAAGACAUGAUGAGAUUCUUUGACUGUGUGGAUAUCUGUAAGCUACACUCCAACUGGGCUGAAGUUAGAAUUCAAGGUGUCUUACCAAACUUUGCUGGGGGGCCCAUGAAGGUGACAAUGCUUACAGUGGACAAGCCAACAGAGAUUGACUUCACUCUUCAUCAGACUUGGAGGAGAUUGGAGAAAUCUGCCAGGAAUCCACUGGAUCUGACCAUAGUAGUCCUGAGAGCCUGUGGGAUGACAACCUCUGGUAUGUCAAAGGUCAUGACCUAUUGCAAACGGCAGUUGAGGGCAUUUGUGGGCUGCAGUGCAUUCUUGGAGCCAGGCUUGUAUGUGGUCGUCUGCAUGGCAUUCAAUCAUUGGAACACUGGAGUUGAUAUGAGUGGUAUGAGGAGCCCAACAAGAACCACACCGCACCCUCCCUACGCCCUAGCCUUGCAUAGUUCAAAUCCAGUCAGCAUCUGCCAGAUCAAACCCACAGAGCACGCCAUCGCUGAUGCGCUGAUCAUGCUGGCUGUACAGAAAGGCAAACGACAUGAGGGACGUGAAGGUGUCACCUGUUACAAUCUGGACCACGGUUGGUCGGGCUUCAUCAUCGUGGUGGAGAAUAGGCACUCUGACUACAGCCUUCACAUGAAGUGCGACUGCAAUGGAAGCUUCAAUGUGGUGUCCACGCGGGGCAGUCUCAUCUCUGUGGAUUGUAUUCCCCCAUUACAUAGACAAGUACUCACUGUCCUGACCCAGGUAGUGGAGUCCAGUUACACAAUCUGUCAUCUGACAACCCAUCGUCUGUCCCUGAAGAGGGACCUACAGGACUGGGGACCUCGUAGGGCUUGCCAUGUCCCAGAAAUCACCCCCGACAUCAUGGGACUGCAUCAGCCACGCCCCAUUUGAGAUUGUAAUCUGCUAGGCCGUAUUUGAGAUUGGAAUCGUCCUUACUUCAGUGCGGUUGAAAUCUGAGGGUUCGUCGGUAACACCGCUGUGGUUGUGCCCGAAUGGUCCACACCCAAUCAAAGUCAAAGUCUUCACCGCCACACCUUCUCGACAGUUGCUUUGGUCACAUCUAAAUUGGGAGUUUCAGCAUCGUCAUGCACCUGCUUAUGACGUCUCGCCGACACUUCCAGGUUGCAUCAGCAACAGUUAAUUUUUGGUUGUUAUCAAGUGUGUUUCAGUGAAAUCAUAUCAUCAGCCUUGCCCCCAUGUGAGAACGCAUAAAUGACAUCUUAUUUACGGAUGCAUCCGGUGUGCUUCUGUGAGAUGGUUUCACCGUUCAUGCUCUCAUCUAAGAAUGUACCAACUGCACAUUGUGCGGUUUCAUCCAGUGCGGUGCAGUCAGGUUUCAUUUGACCUGCGAUUUCAUCCACCCUGCUUCAAAGCAGAAAGUGUCAUCAGUCACACCCUCACUCGUGAGUGCAUCCAUCUUAUUUGUGUUCCUAUUCACCGUCAACUGCAUUGAAUCAACCAAGACCAUCCAAGUUGUUAUGGAUCUCAACUCACUGAACUAAUACCAAGUUAGCCUGUCAGAGUUACAAGUUGAAUUACUGUACAUUUCUUUUCAUAUUAAGUUCGUUUUGGAAGACUUUUCGUUGAAUUGCUGUGUACGGCUGUGCUGAAUAUCUGAAUAUUUGAUCGAUUAUCGAAUAUUUGAAUGAGAAAAAUUGCACUAUGGAGGCUUGUUUC